CUAGGAAGAUAUGCUCCUCUGUUCUGUUCAGUAUAUGGCAAUCACUUCAUCCACCACUGCAGUACACCCACCUGUGGGCCUGGGGGGAGGGAGUGGGUUGAAAAACUGCUCAAGAACACAGAAGUUUAGGAAGGGUCAUGAAGAACACCACAAGUGGAACUGCAGAGAGAGGGUUAUACAGGCAGAAAGCCAGUCAACAAAAGCACUUAGUCAGGAUACGUAACUUGAAAUUGACUCCUUUGGAAAUUGCCAUAGAACCUUUAAUGGACAUCAUCAGCUGGAACUGGGAUCUGAUGAAUCCCACAAAAGUCAGCACCUGCUACAGAACAGAUGCCCUGAUCACCAAGGACUUGGUACUGAUUUAGAGAGAAGAGAGCAGCUCCUAGCAGCAUCAACAUCUAUUUGUCGCUUAUUUGCCCUGCAGCAAUUCACCUGCCUUUCCUUCUCCCAUCCUGUAAAUAUCCUAGGUUUUGCUCCAGUGUUUCCCAUCCCAGUACUGACCUAACUUGGAUCUACUGAGAACUUAGGGGGCUCUGAAAAAAAAGAAAACAAAAAAAGGAGGUUAUUUGCAUUAAUGAAAUUAGCUACAAAGGCUCCUGUGCCUUUUUCCUUUCUGAAAUUGUGUCUUCAAAUUAUUAGAAGUUGCUGAUCAAAAUCGUGGGCACUUAAAUUCAUUCUAUGGUUACAGAUAUUUUAAAUAAGUUGGUUUCUGUAAGAGCUCCAAAAAACAUUUUAGCUGCUUAAUUAGCACCUUUCCCAGGAAGUGAUAAUAACACCCAAUAUUGCUGACUCCUAGGAAAGUAUUUACUACCUGAUAAAGAAUUUCCUGAGUUAAAAUAGUCGUAACAGUUUAUAUACAUUAAAAGUAAGGUUUUACUUUUUUAAAAAUCUUGGAAAUAACAGCUACCAUGUAUUGCAUCCUUACUGCCUUCCAAGCACUAUCCUAUGCACAUUAUAUACUUUAUCACAUUUAACCUUUCCAUCAAUGCUUUGAGGUAGGUAUGAUCCCCAUUUUACACAUGAGUAAUAAGGAAAAAGGCUCAAGGAGUCGAAUCAUUUACCAAGGGUGGUUCUGUGACUGAUAGUGCCGGGCAGACCCGUCCAGAGUCGGCUCCUCUAGCCCAAUGUUGGUUUACGAUAUUCAAGAUGAGUUGAUUGAAUUCAAGGGUUUUCUUUUUUCAUGUAAAGCUAUUUAUAUCUUCCAAAUCGAAUGAAAUGGAUGUUAUAAAAAUAUAGUUGAUUCAUCCUAUGAAUGGGAAGAGUAUUUUUUAAUGUAAUUGUUUUCCAGCAAUUGUAAGGGCAUACUGCUUGUCUCAGAAGAAAAUUCCAUCUACAGGGACUUUAAAGUCUUUAUGAAUAAAAGACAAAAUAAAAAUCAUUUUUCUUAUUUUAGUUUUCUGGAUAUGCCGCAGAAGGAUCCGUGCCAGAAACAAGCCUGUGAAAUACAGAAAUGUUUACAAGCCAACAACUACAUGGAAUCUAAGUGUCAGGCUGUCAUCCGAGAACUGCGUAAGUGUUGUGCUCGAUAUCCCAAGGGAAGAUCUCUCAUCUGUUCAGGAUUUGAAAAAGAAGAAGAAGAAAAGCUGACACUGAAGUCCACAUUAAAGUUCUGCUGAGAAGUUAAAUGCUGCACCACUUUUCCACCAAGCGAGUUUUAUUUAUCCCCUUGACUCUUUCUUCAGGCCAGGUAGCAGCAAAUAUCAAACGAAAAAGUCAACUAUAAAAGUUAAUGAAUAUGCUAUCUAUGCAGAACAGAUAGAAAUAUAAAUAUAUUAAAAAAAUAUGUAGAAUGUAAUGAAACUGAGCUGCUAAAAUAAACCUGUUAAGUGAAAAACUUUGGUUUGGUACUUGUGAUAUUGUGACUUAUAAGAAAUAUAUCUUUGGUCCUUGUCUCUGGUCCUGGCAUAGAGCCCCUAAAACCCUUGAAAUUUUCUAAUAAGAGCCAUAGAGGUGUCUUUUUUUACGUUCAUGCGGUGACUUUUGGAAAGCCCUUGGGUAACCUAUGGCUGGGGGCUGGUUGCCAGUGGAACAAACAUGUGAUCAGAAGGCUGGUACUUUCAGUCCCCACCCCCACCUCCCACUCCCGACCUCGGGAGGGGAGAAGGGAUGGAGAAGAUUGAAUAGCCAAUGGCCAAUGAUUUAAUCAAUAGUUUAAUCAAUCAUGCCUGUGUAAUGAAGCCUCCAUAAAAGCCCAAAAGCACGGGCUUCUGAGAGCUUCCGGGUUGGUGAACUAGAGGGUUGUGCACUCUAGUUCUCUGGGGACAGAAGCUCCUGUGUGUGGGACCCUUCCAGACCUCACCCUGUGUACCUCUUCAUCUGGCUGUUCGUUUGUAUCCUUUAUAAUACCCUAUAUAAUAAA